CAAAGCGGCAUGAGGGUAGAAACAGCUGGAGACACAAGUCUUCAUGAUAACACCUGAGGGUCUCACCUGGAGCAGCCGUGGACACGCCCAGGUUUAAAAUACUUAACAAUUUGGUGACCCUGACGUGAUGUGAGAAGAAGUCCUUGACUUCCAGACGUCGCUGAUUGGACUCCGCUGUCAAAUUCCCGAACCCCACGGCACACACAGGACCGCCCAGAUAAGAGACCAACUGAUGUGACGUAGUGGAUGUGGUCUGGAGCUUUCAGAGAUAAAAAGGUCUCUGCAAGUCAACUCACAGAGAACUCAUCGUCCUGACAACAAGUUUUUAUUCAUCUUCUUCAUCUACAUCAUCCCCAUCUUGACAAUGCAGAGUCAAACAAACAGGAGAGGCAACCUAGUACAUUUCGUGAAAUAUCGCCACACAAGGCUGGAUGACUUGAAACAGAUAGCGAAGGAUUUUGGAUUGCAAAGCAAGUACCUCUACCUAAGAAACCUCCCAGAGAGCCCCCACCCAGAGUUUCACACGGUUCGUCUGAAGCAUGAAACAACACCAGAUGGGUUACGUGGGAUCAGGAAGGACCAAGGUUUCAGGGAUCCAUCUGAAGACUCCCUGGUCUGGUGGAGUCUGGCCAUGGGACCAGAAGAGAUUCAGUCUGCUGAGACCAGGUUCUUGGAGGAAACCUUCCCAGACCGGACAGAGGAGCAGGCCUCCGAGCAGCAGAGCUUCCUGUGGAGGUUUACCACCUCCCCGGCCUUCAAGAACACAUCCAGGCUGGGCUGGUACCGCUUCACCUUCCCUCUGGAGGAGGUGCUGGGGGCCUACAGUACGCAGUUUUGUGGCGGUGUGCAGCCGAUCAUGCGGAUCUACAAGACUGACUUGUACAAACAGGAGGUGAUGCAUGUCGUGCUGGUCCACAGCCCAGCUGAUCAGGACGACUUCUCCGAAUAUCCUUUACUGACUGAUGACGACCCGAAUGCCAUCUGCGUCUUCAGAGAUGGUAGAUUCAUCUGGAGACCUGAGGCCAUGUCCGAGACACACAACUUGGAGCUGAUCUACACACAAGGUAGAAAUGUGAUGGAAGUGAAGGACGUGCCUUCUGCUCGGUUUUAUGUUUGGGAUCAUGCCGCCGUCGCCUUCCACGUGAAAAGGGGACAGACCCUGAAGUUCGAUAUUGAUGGACUCAGACAGAACCUGAAGUACUGCAACCCUGACAAAGUUCAAUACACUCUAAGCAAUGAAACACAUCACACUUUUGAUGAGGCAAAACAGCUGGUUAAGAGUUUGUGGCCGGACUUUGGCCGCCGCCUGGAGGUGGAGCGUUCGCUCCUGCAGGGUUUUAGAGUGUCGGCCAUCAAACUGAUCCUCGUUGGAUGGAUUGGAUCAGGGAAGAGUUCCAUUGGAAACCUCAUACUGGGAAGACACGCCUUCGGUACGGCCAGUCCUGCUGCCAGCCCACCAACAGGGACCCCUCACUGCUGUCUCCAAAGAGGGAAGGUGUUUGACUGGAUGGUGGACGUCAUCGACACUCCCGGUCUCUCUAAAACAGUCAGCCCCACGCUGAGGAGCGAGCUCUUCGGUUGCAUCAACUCAUCGGCACCGGCACCCCACACCCUCUUACUAGUCAUCAAGCUGGGGCCGUCUUUUGCAGAGGUGCAGGACACCUUGAGCCAGGUGGAGAAGAUGUUUGGUGAGAACAUCUGGAGGAAGACCGUGGUCAUCUUCACCACAGAGGACCAGACUGAACUGGACAUUGAGGAGCAGCUGAAGGAGGCUAAACGUCAGCUGCGCAGCGUCUUGUUAAAGAACGUGAACAACAGAUACCAGGUCCUGAAGAUCAACCCUGACCACUAUGAUGACGGUCAGCAGGUCUGGGAUCUGCUUUAUGCUGCAGAAAGGACUGUUCUCAACCAGGGCAAGUGACCAUAUUUGGUAACUUCUAUGGUUAUUACCAAAUAUAGUGACAAAGUUAAUAGAGGUCCUUUGAGAUUAAAGCAGCACAAUGUAACUUUCAGCUUUUGUUGAGUUUGGCGGCUCCUUUGGACAAAAGCGGUAGUGCUUUACCAGAAAAAACACUACAUUUCCCAUGAGCACCAGCGCGUACUGCCGGAAAACUCCCGUCCCCGUCGCAUGCAUUUGAUAAUACGCUCUGGUUUUGUUCUACGGCACCUUUUUCCUGUCACGUUUUUUAGAGGGACUUUUCAUACAUUAGUAGUCCAACAUACCAACAUACUCAGCCCUGCACAAUUUAACAGUUCUCAGGAAAAAUAGUAGAAAUGUUCUUUACAUUUUCUUUGCAUUGCAUUUUUUCCUCUAGUGCUGUAAUUCUAUUCAAUUGUAUUAUUAUUUUAUAAAGCUUCCUCAUUGCCAAUUACACAAUUUUAUGAUCACUAUUAUUAUUCUGUAUCUGUUGUUGAUAUUGUCAGUAAUUUUAGAAUUACCAAAACCCAAGGCGAAUCCUCUGAUAAAACUUUUAUUUUCUUCUGAUUUUUCGCUGCUUCGGCCAUGAUACCAGCUCCGCGUUAAGCUCAACAACAGCUUCUGCUGAGCUCUGCGCUCCAAGCCCCGCCCAUUUUCAUCUUGACUACGAAUCUGGAAGGAGGGGGAAGUGACGUAUGCCGUAAAGCAGUCAAAGCCGUAAUAUGAUAUUGAGGUGGAAAAGUUACAUAGUGCUGCUUUAAGGAACCUCUUUCAAGUAUUUUAUUGACUGUCCUGUAAAGGGUUGCUAUUAAGGCUUUGGUACCUAUCAGUGAUGUUUUGCUUUUUCGAAAUGGGGGGGUGAAGGAGACAGAUUUUGGGGCCCAUGGUUGAGGGCCCAGAGAGGCCCCCAAUGAUAAUGAAAUGAUAAGACAGAAAAAUAAUGACAAUAAGUUAUUAAAGCUAGGGUCUACGAUCUUGAGUUUAAAAAAAAAAGACACCUACUCACCAUACAACCCCCUUUUCGGGCUGAAUGGCGCCUAUUAUUUGACUUCUUUGCAGGAUUACAGCAGAUAGAAGAAUUAUUUUCUUUUCGUUCUUUUUGCUAAUCAUAUUUCAUAGGUAACGCUAUUGGGCCAUAACAACCUUAUAAAUGAUUUUGAUAAAAAUGUACAAUAUGUAAAAUCGUAGACCCUAGUUUUAACUAACAUAUAAUCACAAAUGUUUUAUUUUUUUAAUGUCCUGGUAGCAAUAACUUUAUUUGUUUUGGAAAAAUCGACGCCUGCAGGGCCGCCCCUCUCUAUUUCUGUACAAUGGUUGACUCCGACUGGAUCAGCGGCGGUUUCUCACAGACAGAGUGCUCAGCUCUUCCCCUACUGUACUUAUCAACUGUCAUGUUGUUCUUUCACAAAUAUGGUAAUGAUAGUCAAAAAUACCAUUAAAAUGCAUAAUUGCAUGUAAAAUAGCAUCACAACAUGUUGACGCUGUGUCUUGGGAGCCUGUAAAGAUUCUAGGCCCAAAAUCCCUAGUGGCGCUCCUGGACACGGUCACAGCAAAAUGAAGACUCAUCUCGAUUUACUUUUAUUUUGAAAUGUGCAUCAGAUGAAUGUGACAAUGUUCCUGAAAGUGUCAAGCAUGUAAUAAUGAGAUGUUUAUAUUUGGACCGACCAACAUGAAUCAAAUUCUUGAAUGUGUACCUUGUUAUUAUGUCUGAGCUCCACUGAUGAUGGUUAAAUUGUGAUCGGCUUGAGGUUGCAGGGUGCAGUCUUCUCUCCUGAACCUCUGUAGAAGUUAAUAUUUAAAUGUGCAGAACUGUUCAGUCAUAAACUUUUCUUCCUUUAAAAAUGUUCUUAUCAUAUUGAAUGUUGCUUUUAUUUCUGCUGCUGGAAAACAUUUUAACAUUUUAUCUAUCAGGUCCAUUGAUAUCAAGGUGAUUUAAAUGAUGUAAUCGUGUUUGUUUGUUAAAACAAAGUAAACUUUAGUAAAGUAAAGUAAAAUGCUUCUAGUUUUUGCUUUUGUGGUUCAUGAUAUUAAGAACAUGAAGAUUUUUGUUUUUUAUCAUUCUGGUGUAGAUCUGCUGGUGUGUUUGUGAUCAUUUCCUGUCACAUGACCCAGUUUCAUCCAGUUUUCAGCUGUCAGACAGAUGUCCUCACAUUUGUCCCUAGAAGACUCUGGUCUGCAGAGGACUUCCUGGUCCCUCAGUGAUAGGAAGGUGUCCAGGUCCUGUAGAUGUUUUGUGGACUUCAGUCCUGCUUCCAUGUUCCUUUUAGACAGAAAAAGUUUUCUCCUGGAAACUCUUGCAGACGUCCUGGUUCUGUUUCUGAUGGUUCUGUCAUGAACUUCAAUGUUUUACACGACCACUGAGGUCUGAGAUGAUCAGCACUGCCUUUGAUAGUACGGAGGGAGAAACAACUCCCUGGUGAAAGAAGACGGUACUCACCAUCUUCUCUCUGCCCUCGUUUUUGUUAAAUAAAGACUGACAU